AUGCGUGUUUUUUCUUGAUGUCACUAGCCAUUCCAGAGUAACGUUGUCAGUCAUUGCCUCACAACCAAUGGUAAGUUUGCAUUGGCUGGACUCGCUGCUGCUCCUCGAGUCCCUCCUCGUGCUGUCCUCGCCGUGCACGCGCGUGGUACCCACGGUCGUGAGGAGGAGGAGGAUGUUGCGCGCGAAGGGGAAAUGGCUGCCGAAAACAAGCCGGAAGGACUGAAGAAAAUUCGUAAUCCGGAUCGAAUGUACAGAUCAGCUGUGUGUUAUGCCGGCCAUGCUCCUCCUAAGAGUAUCAGUGAUGACACAGAGAUGAACAAUGAACAUGGACAUUUGAAAAUAUACCUGCCCAAAAAGCUGCUAGAAUGUCUACCAAAAUGCUCGUCGCUGCCAAAGGAGAGACACAGGUGGAACACCAAUGAGGAGAUUGCAGCUUACUUGAUAACAUUUGAAAAGCAUGAGGAAUGGCUAACGACGUCCCCUAAAACAAGGCCACAGAAUGGGUCGAUGAUCUUGUACAACAGGAAGAAGGUGAAGUACAGAAAGGAUGGCUACUGUUGGAAGAAGAGGAAAGAUGGGAAGACCACGCGGGAGGAUCACAUGAAGCUCAAAGUCCAGGGAGUGGAGUGUCUGUAUGGCUGUUACGUCCACUCCUCCAUCAUCCCCACUUUCCACCGCAGGUGCUACUGGCUGCUCCAGAACCCUGACAUCGUGCUCGUCCACUACUUGAAUGUGCCGGCCAUAGAGGAUUGUGGGAAGCCAUGCGGGCCAAUCCUGUGCUCCAUCAACACGGACAAGAAGGAGUGGGCCAAGUGGACCAAGGAGGAGCUGAUUGGCCAGCUCAAGCCCAUGUUUCAUGGCAUCAAGUGGACUUGCAGCAACGGGAACAGCAGCUCUGGCUUCUCAGUGGAGCAGCUGGUGCAGCAGAUUCUGGACAGCCACCAAACCAAGCCAACUCCCCGGACCCACAACUGCCUCUGCACAGGCACCCUGGGCGCAGGGAGCAGUGUGCACCACAAGUGCAACAGCGCCAAACACCGCAUCAUCUCCCCCAAGGUGGACCCCCGUGGAGGCUACAGCAGCGGUCACUCUGAGGUCCAGAACAACGACGUGUCCGAGGGCAAGACCGAGCACAGCAGCCAUGGAGGGGGGGGGAAAAGUUACGGAGGGGGAGGCGGCAGCGCCAGGGAGAAACGCAACGGCAAGGUCCACAAGCCUGUUCUCCUGCACCAGAACAGCACCGAGGUGUCCUCUACCAACCAGGUGGAGGUCCCUGACACCACCCAGAACUCCCCCGUGUCCAUCAGCAGCGGGCUGAACAGCGACCCAGACAUGGCUGACAGUCCCGUGGUGACGGGCAUGGGCCACGUGGCUUCCGUCCUGUCCAGCCUGUCCCAGAGUGUAUUCAUGUCCGAGGUGACCGGGGACCCCGGCUACAGCAUGUCACCCAAUGGGGGCCCCAACGCCCACCUCAUGGGCCCCGACGCAGCCUCCCAGGGACUGGUGUUGUCCGGUGUGGUGGCAGACAACCACAAGUUUGCCUUCCCCAGCGGAGGGGCAGGGGAGGGUCCCGGGGGGGCAGGGGGAGCAGAUGGGCUGUCCAUGCUGUCUGCAGCCGGUGUGUCUGAGGAGCUGGUCCUGUCCAGCAGCCUGGAUGCCGGAGGCAUGAAGAUACCUGAGACCACCAUGAACUUUGACCCUGACUGCUUCCUCAACAACCCCAAGCAGGGCCAGACCUACGGGGGCAGCAGGCUGAAGGGGGGCGGCAGCUCCUCCUCUUCCUCCUCUUCCUCCAAUGGCACCAACGGCAGUAUGCAGCGCUCUCCAUCCAUGUCAGACUCUGGAUACAGCUUCAACUCUGCUCUGGUGAAGAACAUCAAGACGGAGGACAUGUCCUUCGAGCAGCAGCUGGCCACAGAGCAGGGCUAUCAGGUGGGGGCGGUGGUGAGCUGUGGAGGAGGUGGAGCUGGUUCCUCUGGGGCUGGUUCAGCGCAGGGCUCCCUCGGCCUGACCCCGGCUGGCUCUCUGCUGCCCUCUGGAGGAGGCCUGAGCCCCAGCACCACCCUGGAGCAGAUGGACUUCAGCGCCAUCGAUGCCAAGCAGGAAUACUCCUCCGGGGCUGGGUCAGUGGGCUAUGGCCAGGCUAUAAACAGCCCCCACCUCUCCCACCAGAGCCACUCGCCCAGCUUCUUCCUCCAGGACACCCAGCAGUCCGGCCAGGCCCAGCAGGGCAGGUCCUCCAUGGGCCAGAAGACUCAUCUGAUGGAGCACAACUCCCACGACUCCACAGCCUACAUGGGCCUGCAGGUGGUCAAGACGGACUCCCCUGGCAUUAACGGCCACCUCCACCACCACCACCAGAGCCACCACAGGGCCAACUGCAACGGGGGCUCCCCCACCGAGGGGCCAGGGCAGGGGCCUGGGUCUCUCCAGCUUCUACAGUACCAGGGGGGCUUCCCUGGGCUGGGACCAGAGCAUGAGGAGGUGGUGGGUCUGGAGCAGCCAGGAAGCGUGGGCUCAGGCCAGGCAGGGGGAACAGAGAAUGGAGAGGGCCUACUGAAGCCUGGGGAUCACCUUCAGGCCUGUGGAGGAGGCAACCCAGAGGGAGGAGGGACAGAGCACUACCUGCAGCAGGCCAACGGUGGAGGAGGUCAGGGAGGCGGAGGAGGAGGGGAAGGAGUGACCAUGCAUAACGGAAAUGGCAUCAACAACGACGGCAGCAACCGCUCACAGCAGCAGCAGCAGCUGCAGCCCCUCCUCCAGGGGGCUGGGAUGGUCCAGGGCCUCUACAACACCGUAGGGCCCCACCAGGGCCUGGGCGGAUCGGGCUCUAACGGCGGAGCAGGAGGGGGAGGCAUGGAGAUCAGCCUGGACCACUUCGACAUCUCCUUUGGAAACCAGUUCUCUGACCUCAUAAAUGACUUCAUCUCUGUGGACGGUAGUGGAACCAACAUGGCGGCCGGGGGAGCUCUUUACAACCACCAGCUGGUGGCCAACCACGGCUCAGAGGGUCAGGCCACGCCUAGUGGAGCUCCCCAGCAGGGCCAGGAGGACGGAGGGGUAGGAGGGGCCCGGGGGGCAGGAUACAGCCCCUCAGAGCUCUGUCUCCAGCCGUGCUGCAGCCCUCAGUCUCUGGGUGCGGGGGCUGGGGGUGCAGGGACGGAGUCAGGCUCUCUGGCAUACAUGGACGUGGCGGAGGUGGUGUCUGCAGCCGUGGCCCACGGGGCUCUGGGGAUGUUGCAGGCCACAGGGAGACUCUUCAUGGUCACUGACUACUCGCCCGAGUGGUCCUACCCUGAGGGAGGAGUGAAGGUGCUCAUCACUGGUCCAUGGCAGGAGGCCAGCUCUAACUACAGCUGCCUGUUUGAUCAGAUAUCUGUCCCUGCCUCUCUCAUCCAGCCUGGGGUGCUACGCUGCUACUGCCCAGCUCAUGACACUGGGCUGGUGACACUGCAGGUGACUGCCAGUAACCAGAUCAUCUCUAACUCAGUGGUGUUUGAGUACAAAGCCCGCGCUCUGCCCUCACUGCCCUCCUCACAACACGACUGGCUCUCACUGGACGAUAACCAGUUCAGAAUGUCCAUCCUGGAGCGCCUGGAGCAGAUGGAGCGACGGAUGGCAGAGAUGGCCUCCCAUCACCAGCAGGGCAGCGGAGGAGGUGCAGGAGGAGGAGGGGGAGCAGGGGCAGGUGGAGGAGGAGGAGGUGGUGGUGGUGGUCACAACAGCCAGACACAGUGUGUGUCGGGGCAGGGUCAAGCGGGCAGCAGCUUUGAGAGCCGUGUGGUGGUGGUGUGUGAGAAGAUGAUGAACCGGGCCUGCUGGGCCAAGUCCAAACACCUGAUCCACUCCAAGACCUUCAGGGGCAUGACCCUGCUCCACCUGGCCGCUGGGCAGGGCUACGCCACCCUCAUCCAGACACUCAUCAAGUGGCGCACCAAGCAUGCAGACAGCAUUGACCUGGAGUUGGAGGUCGAUCCCCUCAAUGUGGACCACUUCUCCUGCACCCCUCUGAUGUGGGCGUGUGCCCUAGGUCACCUGGAAGCGGCAGUGGUCCUGUAUAAAUGGGACCGACGGGCCCUGGCCAUCCCUGACUCCUUGGGACGCCUGCCCUUGUCCAUCGCCCGCUCCCGCGGCCACACCAAGCUGGCCGAGUGUCUGGAGCAGCUGCAGAGAGAGGAACAGCAGCCCCCUGCACCUCUGCCACCCACCACACGCAUGUCCUUCUCCCCCACCCCCCACGACGCUCCCACCUCAGACAGCUGGAUGGUCACAUGGGCCAGCGACGGCGUGAUGGCGCCCGGCGGGAAGAAAGGAGGCUCCACCACGGCCACCUCGAGCAACCUCAACCCAGACUUGAGAAGGCCGCGAUCUGAGCCCUCCAACUACUACAGCAGUGAGUGCCAGCGAGACCUGCCCCUGGCCAAGAAACACAAGCCAAACCCAGAGAUGUUCCAGGCCCGGCCCGACAAGGCCAUGUCUGUCCCACUGAGCCUGGAGCAGCAGCAGCUACACAAGCUGUCCUUCAGCCCCAAGAGCCUGUCCCAUGAGGGCCUCAGCCCAGACAAGAGCCUCUCCGGUGGGGGAAGUGCUGGAGAAUCCGGAGGAACCAAGUGGCGCUCCAGGGAGGGCUUCUCCAGUGGGGGCUCAAGCAGGAAGGGCUCGGGGGGCUCUGGGGGCAGCAGCCUGGGAAAGGAGAAGCUGGCUAGCAGGCUGAGACAGAGGGAACAGCUGGGGAACAUGCUGGUGAUAGCUGAGAGAGAGAUGGUGAGCACUGAGCUGCUGUCCUACAGAGAAGAUCUGGAGAACCAGGACUGUAUGACACAGAUGAAUGACCUGCAGGUGAACAUGAUGACUCUGGCAGAGCACAUCAUUGAGGCGACCCCAGAGAGGAUCAAGAGGGAGAACUUUGUGGCCCUGGACGGGGUGCCCCUGGACAGUACUGGGGUCAGCAACACCAUGAGCUGGUUGGCCAGUUACCUCGGAGACGUGGAACAGCUGCCCAGCAUUAUACAUCUACGAUCUCUGUACAGUGGACCUCUCGCUCCGUCCUCCAGCCCAGGGGGGUCUCCCCUGAGGGAGGGGUCCAUGGGGAGGCCCACCCUGCCCCCCCCGGCCGACUGGAGCGAGUUCCUCCAGGCCUCCAACAGCAAGGUGGAGAGAGACCUGGCCCAGCUCACCCUGUCCGACCCCGAGCAGAGGGAGCUGUACGAGGCCGCCCGUCUAGUCCAAACUGCCUUCCGCAAGUACAAGGGGCGCCCAUUCAGAGAUCAACAGGAAGUAGCUGCGGCCGUCAUUCAGCGUUGUUACAAGAAGUACAAACAGCUUACAUGGAUAGCCUUGAAGUAUGCACUUUAUAAGAAGAUGACGCAGGCCGCCAUUCUUAUCCAGAGUAAGUUCCGCAGCUACCAGGAGCAGAGGAAGUUCCAGCAGAGCAGGCGGGCGGCCGUGCUGAUCCAGCAGUACUACCGCGGCUACAAGGAGUUUGGCAGGCUCAGGCCCCACCGCAGAGGAGCCGCCGCCGCCCUGGUGCAACAUAAACUCAGAAGUAGUCUGCUCUCCAAGAGGCAGGAUCAGGCUGCCAGGAAGAUCAUGCGGUUUCUACGCCGCUGCCGCCACAGCCCCUUGAUGGACCAUAGACUGUUCAAGCGGGUGAGUGCAGCCUCAGCAACUCAGUUCGUCCUUCUCUUUCUCUCCUCCUCGUCUACACUGUAUGUCUCUGCCUCUCUCUCUCUAACAAUACAGUUAUAUAUCCUGAGUCCUUGACCUCCUCUCUGUCUCUCUCUCACUCUCUCUCACUUUCUUUCCAUCCAUCUCUCCCUCCCUCUCAACCUCUCUCUCUCUCUCUCUCUCUCUCUCUCUCUCUCUCUCUCUCUCUCUCUCUCCCCCUCCCUGUAUCUUGUCCAUCACUGUUGCUUGAUGCCUGCUUGCAUGAUGGCUGCCUACUGGAGCCACAGGUGGACUGACUGCGAAGCUCAGAGUCAGAGCAGGCGUAACUUUACUCUUAUUAAACCAACUAACCACCGCUUAUGAAUGACUAUGCCACUGCAACACUUAACAGGCACCUCUUUCUCUUCUCUGGAAAGGAGUUGAAUUGUUCUUCUGUUUUAUUGAUGUGGUUGUGAAAAUGCCUAUUUACAGAACGGAAGGUGGUUUUCUCUAUGUUGCAUGCCUCUAUGGGCCUUGCUCUUUAACAUGUACCCCCAGGCAUGCUAUGGACCGGAUGUUUUCUACCAAACAGCUGUCUGUCUUACUGUCUGUCCUGUUGUGCCCCACAUGACAGAGUUGAGGGAGGGCUUGAUCCCCUUCGGUUUUGUUCACUCAAACUGUCAAAACUGUCUUGUACGAGCUCCCUUCGGCAUCGCAUUGAUAUCUGUCACUAUUUCAGGCCUGGUUCAAUGACACUUGCGUCAUCACUGAAAAUAUUGAAGAAAUUCUUCAUGGGUGGAAACGGUUUGUCUGUCCCACUACUCCCCCGGAAAGUCUUCGGGCAUAUUGACAAAAAUACCGACAGUAUGUGACGGUUAUCAUCAGCGUCAUCAUCUUUAUGACUCACAAACAAUGUAGUUCACCUUCUUAGACAAGGGGGAAUUUUGAAUGUAUGAAUCAAUUCAUUGUGAGAGUCAAUUCAUUGUGAGAAUCAAUUCAUUGUAAUAUAUCAGCACAAUCUCUAUAUGACAAAUUGCUAGGUUGAUAAGGCCAUACCCCUGAUAACUUAACUUCCUCUGUAUCUGAGACAUCCUUACUGUACGGAAUGGGUUACUGUGCUUUGAGAGCAGGUGAGGUAGCUUCAGUACUAUGAAGGUGCGAUAGCAUGCAUGUUUGUUAAGAUCUGGGUUACAGUGCUGUGAUAGCACAAAUAGGUCAGACUAGCAGUACCAAGCAAACAAUGGGGAGUCCCUGCCAUGCACCUCCAGGGAGUUAGAACAGCAGGAGUGGUACCAGUAAUGGAUUCACACCCCAGGGGAAGAGGAAGAGGAAGUAGCACACUGAGAAUCACUAAACCUACAUAAAUAGCACUGUGGGUGGGGGCUCACCGCUGAGCUCUGUAGAGUUAAAGGACAUUCGGGUUGAUACACGUCUAAACCCAUGUGAAAUGUAACGCAUUCUGAAUUGAAUUUAUUUGGGUAAAAAACAUAUACAACAAUAUGCACAAUGUAUUCCCAGAGGGCAGCAUUUAAAAGUACAAAUUAAAACACUUGUUUGCAAACUGGUCCUCAGUCGUAAAAAAUGGACAUUACCUUGGUUCUAUCCACUCAUUGUCCACUCAUCCUAAAUGUAUAUGAGAAGACUUUUCUCAGAAGCAGUAUAGAAGGUAAAGCCAGGCAGAGCAAAUACACCAGUCCCACUGUUCCUGUGGUCAGCAGUACAAGCACCAAGGGCCAAUAGGUAUAUUGAUUAUGAUAUAACACAGUAAUUGGCUAAUGACUUACAGUACAGUGAGAUCUACUGAGUCCAUUGUACACACUGAUUAGGUGUGGUGUUUACUGAGCCGUCAGUUUGGCUCUGGCUCAGUUUGGACAUGGUUCACAAGUGGAAUGCCAAGGUAAUGUCACUUCCCAGUAGACAUAAUGCAAUACAAACACAAUACAAGUUUGGAUAGGAUAUUUUUGUCUAAAAAAUAUCUAUUACAUGUUCUCCUCUUUCGCAAAUUGAAUGCGUUACAUUUUCAAUUGUGUUAGUAGUUCAUCAUUUAGUGAUAGACACAAUAAUACAGUCCUCUGAUUAAACUCAUUUAAACACAAUUCUGGAGUGAUAAAGUAAUUUAUUUGGUGCAUAGCAAUGUUCCAGAUACAAACCAAUUUGUUAACCUCUGCCUGCCUUGAUGGUCUCUUUCAGCCCAACAAAUAUUUGGUGGAAUUGUCAAGGGACUGUUUCCUCUCUUGAGAUUUGUUUUGGAGAGAGUUACAUUAUCGAGACACCUUAUUUCAAUCACAUUAUAUUCUCAAGAGUCUAAAAGUAAAUCAAACUGCUUUAAGAAUCGUUUUCAAGUUUCAAUGUUGACCUGUAUUGAAUGAAUGGGUUCAGUGAGCUGUAAGACUUAGGGAUUCAACAUAUUCAUUUAGACUGAAUGAGAUCUAAUCCAAAUAAGUCUUUAUCAAUGUUGAUAGUUGUCAGAUUAAUCAGUGUUUUCUUUCCAGACCAGCACCAGCUCCCGUUGACGAGGGCUGUGUCGAUCUCCAUGUCUCUUGUCCUCUCUCGAGGGAAUGGUGUCCUCUAUGGAGGGGAAUGGUAUCCUCUAGGGAGGGGAAUGGUGUCCUCUAGGGAGGGGAAUGGUGUCCUCUAUGGAGGGGAAUGGUGUCCUCUAUGGAGGGGAAUGGUGUCCUCUAUGGAGGGGAAUGGUGUCCUCUAUGGAGGGGAAUAGUGUCCUCUAUGGAGGGGAAUGGUGUCCUCUAGGGAGGGGAAUGGUGUCCUCUAUGGAGGGGAAUGGUGUCCUCUAGGGAGGGGAAUGGUGUCCUCUAUGGAGGGGAAUAGUGUCCUCUAUGGAGGGGAAUAGUGUCCUCUAUGGAGGGGAAUGGUGUCCUCUAGGGAGGGGAAUGGUGUCCUCUAUGGAGGGGAAUGGUGUCCUCUAGGGAGGGGAAUGGUGUCCUCUAGGGAGGGGAAUGGUGUCCUCUAGGGAGGGGAAUGGUGUCCUCUAGGGAGGGGAAUGGUGUCCUCUAGGGAGGGGAAUGGUUUGAGACAUUAGAGUACAUCACCAUCCAGUGAGAGCUGAUCUGUGACGGUGAUCAUAGACCCCUGUUUAAAUGAUGUCUGUCUCUCCGUCUGUGUUUCAGAGUGAACGAAUCGAAAAGGGCCAAGGAACAUGAGAACCCUCAGAAGAGCCCCCUCACAAUGUGACAUCACUCUCCUCCUUUUCUUUCCCCCCUUUGUACCCAAGACAUUUUACAAGAGAAGAAAAUAAACAGUUCAGUGAAAACACUGCGAUUAUUAUUACAACUAUGACAGCGUGACUGAUUCCACUUCGAUUACAUGUACAACAACAACAGCAUUUUUCACGUUUAUCUAUCGUUGUGUAUGUUGGAGAGUGGCAACUUCUUCUGUAGAAUUCUAAACUAAAGGAGAAGAAGCUGUGGGGGGCAGAACAUUCGCUUCAUGACAUUUUUUGCACUUUUUCAUGGAUUGCUUUGUCUUUUUGGGAGUAUCGGAGUCUAGGUUUUUAGAUGGUAAAGGAAGAGGAAUGUUGGACAUGUGGAAAAGGUCCCUGCCACCAGUGGAUCAAACCAAAAGGAUAAGAUGGAGGACAGCUAGGAUGGAGGACAGACGCCAACCAGAACAUAAGGAAACAUUACAGAAACACAUUGGGACUUGGCUCUAAUUGUAUUUCAUCAUUUUUUUAAAAAAGUGAACUGAUUCAUCCAUUUGAAGGAGAAAACAUGUCAUCUAAUGAACCAAACAUUCUCGGUAAUAUAUUGAUCCAUUUGCAAACUUACUCUCCCUAUCAACAGUCGGUGAAUACAUUCAGUAUAGUAACUGGAAAUAGAUCAAGCGUCCUUCUGUUACGCUGUGCUCUACUCCGCCAGUCAGUCCGAAGGGGUGGGGCUGCAUAUGAAUGUAGGAGGGGUGUGAGAAGGAAUGGGCGGGGCUUAUUAAAAUAAUGACUUAUUUUGUUAUCUACGUUUAGGGGGCACUGUGAGGCAAGAGAUAGGGGAUUCAAUGGUGUGUGUUUUUUUUUUUUUAAAUAUAUGUUUAAUUCCUCUUUGCUUGAAUCUGUUCCGUGCUUAUACCCAUUACCGGUAUAACUGACUUGUCUCCUAAAAAAUGAUGUGUUGUCAAUUUUAUCAAAUGUGCAUGCCUAUGGGUGAAGGUCUUCGCCUGCGUGCUUGAAAUUAGGUCUGUAACCUCUGUUUUUCAAUGUUUUGCGUUUGUCUUCAUGUUAAAAUGCAACAGAGUCUCCCAUGUACCCACCUACUUCCCCAAGAGUCAUUCAUACCCUCUAGUUACUGAAUAUUGUCCUCUUGUUUUCUUUUUCAUUUGCCUUAUUUGUUUCCUCGGUAUUCUAAAAAGAAAGAAAACUUGCCUCUUUUGUGUUGUAAUGAUUACAGUCAUGAAGGUUAUUGUUGUUCUUUUUAAAUGAACUUCAGGGCCUGUGAGGGCUUUUGAGGGGAAGAUCACAUACAUUGCCUUGACAUCUUAGAGAUUCUUCGAGGGGUCCCUAAGCUAGUCCCAAAAUAGGGGUUAGACAAAUCCAUAUUUUUGACAAUUGAGCGGUUUCUGUAUAUAAAGAAGGCUGAAGGUACGUAGGGAAAAACAUUUACCCAAAAGGGGAUUGUAUUUUAGAAAUAUAUUAUUUUAUUCAUUAAAAAGGGGUCAAAAACAGGUACGAGACAAAAACAGAAUAUUUGUAUAGUUUUGUUUGAAUGCCUAAGAAGUAUGGUUGUAUUGAUUGUAUAUAGUGUAAAUACCUGGGAUAAAAAUGAGCUAUGUGCAUGAAAAACAUGAACAAAGGUUAAAAAAAAAACACUAAACAAAAGCAGUAGUGGCUAUGCUCUGUAAAAUGAUUCUAACUAUUUCACUAUAAGAGUAUUUUAUUUUAUUUUGAUUGUUCUUGAGAAGAACAUUUUGCUAAAGCAUGACAUUAUUGCGAAUACUAAAAAGUUUAAAAAAAAUAUAUAUAAUGUAUUUAGAGAUAGGAGAAAUCUGCAAAAUGAUCUUAAGACAUGUAUGGUUAUGUUUACAUUUUUGUUUUGGGCUACCAAGAAUCUUUUGCCAAUGGUGCCAAGUAAUGUGAAUGCUAUAUUGCUUAACAAGAGAAUUAAGUUCAUCUUAUCAGAACAGAUAAUCAUACAAUGAAAUAGACACUAGCAUUGAAGACCACAAGGUCCCAUCACGACUGGCAGCGUAUCACAGAUAGAGAGGUACACAUUGCAGAGGGAGAAAUAUUUCUACAGCAACUUUUAAGUCUCCUGUUUCUCACCCAUUAUCGCACGUCAGAACAACCCAAGAUUUGUUUUUGUUGCCAUCAUCACCAAAUACACAGGGAUCACUUUGUCAGUUACAUUUCGAAUGCAAAAGAAAGGUGUGCCGUAUGAUCCGUUAUCCGUAUGAGACAAGGGUGGUGGUGUCAAUGUCUCUUAGCAUGUUCGUAUGGAUUGUGUUCAUAUAAAGAUUGUAAAUGGCAACCGUGUCUAUGGGAAUCUCAGCCCUGUUUUUUGUUGUUGUUGUUUAUAGUUGAGGUUGAUUGAACAUGUGUUUCAUAGGACAACUCACGGGUGAUGAAAUAGACGAUAUCCAACUGCUGACACACCAAGACGUUUGUUUUUACGUUUUGGGCUGGAAGCUUAACUUUACCAAGGCCUGUCAGGGUCAGGACAGACCAGAGUCAACAUGUAAUGUGGCCAACAGUGAAUGAUGUGUAGCAUCGCUGGCAUUCUUUGUAAAAGUCAACGAGUCAUUUGCCUGCAGAAGCAACACUUGAAACAAUCGAAAGUGCAACAACAGCAAAAAAGAACGGAUGGGGUUUUAUGAUGAAACACAUGAACCAUUUAUGGAUCGUUGCAGCUAAGUCAAUGAGCCAAAAGGAGUGUAAGCGUAACAAGAUGCACCACUACUAUUAUAGCAACUUCCGAGGAAGAAUACAAUGUAUGUGUCUGGUUCAUAAUGGGGUAUGUGAGGGCAGUGUUUGAAAGAUGAUGAAAUGAGAUGUGGGAAGUGGGAACAGACCCAUUGAUACCAGUUGAUUAUACUGUAUCUGUGAAUGCAUGAUAGAGACUAUCCAAUGGUAUUCAAUCCUAGGCCAUAAGUGUCUGCUGGUUCUUGCAGUUUUGCCGAUAUAUAUUCUAUUCCUAUAAGAACAUGCCAUUGGACAAUUACAUUGUGUUGUUUUAAAUGCUGAAAUGCAUCUCAGACACCGUUGGCUGUUCUGAUGUUUUUGUUUUUCUGUACUUCUGGGUUUAUUUCUCUGUAUGUUUGUGUUUAUUUCACAGAGACUUGAUAUGUAAACCUAUUUUCAGAGUGUUUAUGUAGAAAGUGCCUAAUCAUAUCCUGAUUGAUCGCACAAAGCCAAUGUCAGGAAGCAUGCAAGGUACCUAAGGAGGAAAACAUGGCUUUGGAGAUACCAAUAGCAACUGAUCCAUAAUUCUUUAGGACUACUGUAUAUCAAGUACAUACAAUAUAUCAACCCAAAACCAUCACCAAAAUCAGUCCAGUGACAGUGUUCCCUUACCCCACGGAGCGCAUUCCAUCUUGUCAACAUUCUAAGCGUUUUCAUUUUCUAUUGGAACUGCCUGUUGAAACCAUGAGAAUUAGAUUCCAUAACUUCUGUGGUUUUAUUGCCUUGCAUUCAUCAUUCUGGUAGUGGUAAGAAUGCCAGCCAAUACACUGCUGUGGCCAUAUGAGAAGGUUUUAUUAUGCUUGCAUGAUAUAGUUAACUGGGUGACUGAACUGCACCCAAAGCAUGCUUAUUUUUCUAGAAUCGGUAGUUAGACUUUUAAAGACUUGCUGUUCUGUAAAACGAAGAACGUUGGUUUGACGUGUCACAGAACUCUGAAAGACGGAGGGCAUGUGAUUGGAGGGAAGAGGAGAACCCUUAAAAUACAAACUAUGAUCAAUCUGCAGUAUUUACUGACCAUAUUUCCAGGGGUAGCAUGAGGGCAAGUUUUUCUAGAAGCAAGUUGAAACUUUUUUUUAACACAUUUGAUUUUUCAUUCAUUUGGAUAUAGAGAUGGUGUGCUCUCAACUUCAAAUACCUGACCAGUUCGGACACUCUUUUGGCAGUAUACUGCAAGUAUUAUACUAGACAACAAUACACACACACACACAGGCAACAGUACACUGCACUGGACAUAUCCAGAUAUGCAGAUAGGUAUGUCAAGGCACAGUCAGUCUCACUUGUACACAGUUCAGCAGAUGGAGCUCAUCAUUGUGUUAUUUUCCUAGCCUGCUCCUAGUCCUAGGGAAUGGCUCACCUCCCUUCCGUCUUUUACUCAGGGUGCCAAAAUGGGGAGGAGGAAGUGGAGCAGGACACUGAUUGGUGAUUCACUGCAGAGAGAGAGGACAUACUGUAUUGAAGUAGGAUAGGAAGAUGCAACACCCCUCAACAGAGCUUUCUGGUCAAGACAGGCAAAGGAUUACUAUGAUCCUGGAUACAUUACUGUUAUCUAUUUCCUCUCAGAUAAGUAAGCUGAACUGAGGAGAGAUGUAAGGACACUAAAUCAAAAAUAGGGGACACAAAUCAUUGUAGUGUAGCUAAUUAUAGUUGAGACAAGUUGAUCACAAUUGACAGUACGGUCAAUUAUUUCUGUCUUGGCUAUAGCUCAGACAGAAAGGAGUUUGCAUUAUGGGACACUAUGGCUUGAAGUCUAAUGGAAAUGCUUAACUUUCUUUUAUAGACUAUGCUAAUGAGUAUAGUAACAUUUCAACCUUUGACCUCCUCUGACUUGAUGUUUCUCAGUAAAACAAGGACUUGCGAUGUAAUAGUAUCACACACAGCUUCGAAUAGUCUAUCGAGUUAUUCUCAGUUAUACAUUUCAUCUCGGUUAAGAUAUGGGUGAUGACAUGUUGAAACAUUUGAGUGGGGUCUUCCUGAGACUUUGAGGCAGUUGAAGAUGACCAGAUAUUAAAGGGACAGUUGUUUCAGAAAAAAAGCCCUUCAGGAAUGGCUGACAGCCAUUUUCUGGGUGGUAUGACAGGUUAGCUAUAGAAACAGGCACUUCAUAUGGAUUUGAUUACCUUCAUUACACUCUGCUAAUUGACCUGAGGGACUAGCUUUCCUCCUCUACCUUUGUCAAUGCACCCAAACUACUGAAAGGUAGGCACAUCAGGACCACAGAGCAGAAACCAUCUCACAACGUUUUCCACUUGUGGACACAGAGCAAUAAGCAUUAUUUUGUGGAGACCUAUAGACCUAGUGAAGAUAGAAGAUGAUUGGACACAUUUAGUUGACAUACUCUUAUGCAAAUGCCAGUAUUGCAAGACAAGCAUUCAGUAGUUUAUGGACAGCAAUUAUAUGGCACCCUUUACCGAACUGCACGUUUUCAUCAAUUCCAAACCAAGAAGAAAAAAAAUGGCCCUUCUUUAAACAAAGUCGUGGGUCCUCGACACUUUGCAUGUGAACUAGUGUUAGAUACAUUUUCCUCUCCUCUAUAACUGUCUUCCUCUCUUGUCUUUCCCUGUUGUGACCCUCUCUUUCUCUCCUUCCCCUAUUAUUUCAACCACUCCUUUUUCCCGUUCUCCUAAUGUGUAUUGCUUUCUCCUCUUUUUCUUCCCCCUCUUUCUGGUUUGUUAGUUUUGUUUUUGUAAUUGUGCAUGUACAAGUGUCACUGACUCGAUGGAUAUGUAAAAAAAAAAGUAAAAAAUUACGAGAUUUCAGCUGCUGAAGCCAUGCAAAACGUUUUGAAAUGCCCUUAAAAUAUGGAAGAUGUUUUCUGAAUGCUUUAUAUUCUUUCUGCUGUAAAAUAAUAAAAAAAGAAAAAAAUGAAGAAAACAAACAA